AUGGAAGGUGAAGCUCCACGUGUGAUUGCUCGUGGUGGGUUUUCUGGAUUGUUACCGGAUUCGAGUAUUGAUGCUUACAAUCUUGCAAUCCAGACAAGUGUAGCCGAUGUUGUUCUAUGGUGUGAAGCUCCACGUGUGAUUGCUCGUGGUGGGUUUUCUGGAUUGUUACCGGAUUCGAGUAUUGAUGCUUACAAUCUUGCAAUCCAGACAAGUGUAGCCGAUGUUGUUCUAUGGUGUGAUGUUCAGCUAACCAAAGAUGGAGUUGGGAUUUGCUUCCCCGAUUUAAACCUGGCCAAUGCUUCAACAGUUCAAUUUGUUUACACAAAUGGUCAAAACUCUUACCCGGUUCAUGGAGUCACUACUCAGGGUUGGUUCGCCAUUGAUUCCACCUUGAAAGAUCUCCAGAAUGUUUCUUUGAUCCGAGGAAUACUAUCGCGAUCAGAUAAAUUCGAUGGAAAUGGAUAUACGAUUCUCACGAUUCAAAAUGUAACCGAGCAAAUUAAGCCACAAGGAGGUUUUUGGUUGCAUGUUCAGCACGAUGCAUUCUACGAGCAACACAAUUUAAGCAUGAGCAGUUUUCUAGUAUCAGUUUCAAGAACUGUUUCCAUUGACUUCAUCUCUUCUCCUGAAGUGAAUUUCUUUAAGAAAAUUACUGGCCGUUUCAAGCUUAAUGGGCCGAGUUUUGUGUUUCAGUUUCUUGGGAAAGAAGAUUUCGAGCCGACAACAAACCGAACCUACGGUUCUAUCUUGAGUAACCUAACUUUUGUCAAGACGUUUGCUUCAAAGAUUCUUGUUCCCAAGUCUUACAUAUUUCCACUCGGUGACAAGCAGUACUUGCUUCCUCCUACAUCAUUAGUUCAAGAUGCUCACAAAGCUGGAUUAGAAGUAUAUGUGUCAGGUUUCGCAAAUGAUGUUGAUCUCGCUUAUAACUAUAGUUACGAUCCAGUGUCUGAGUAUCUAUCUUUUGUGGACAAUGGCGAUUUCUCUGUCGAUGGGAUGCUCUCUGAUUUUCCCUUAACUGCAUCUGCAUCCAUUGACUGCUUCUCCUACAUUGGCCGAAACCCUACAAAACCUCUGAUCAACCAGGGGACUGAUCCGGUUCAUGCCUCAGUGGAUUUUCUUGUUAUAUCAAAAGAUGGUGCGAGUGGGGACUAUCCUAGAUGUACAAACUUGGCAUAUGAGAAGGCAAUUAAAGAUGGUGCUGAUGUUAUCGAUUGCUCUGUCCAAAUGUCUAGCGACGGUAAAUGCUUUUGCUUAAGUACGGCAGAUCUCAAGGACAGCACACUGGUUGCCCAAAGUCAGUUUAGCAACCUUUCAACUACUGUUCCUGAGAUUAGAUCAGAUGUUGGAAUAUACACUUUUAGUCUCACAUGGCCUGAGAUCCAAAACUUGACUCCUGCUAUUUCAAACCCUUACCAGAGUUCUUACAAUAUGUUUAGGAAUCCGAAUGAGAAAAAUUCAGGGAAGCUUAUUUCGCUUUCUGAGUUCCUAGAAUUAGCAGAACACUCCACUUCUCUCUCCGGUGUUUUGAUCAGAGUAGAGAAUGCGGCAUACUUGAGAGAGAAGCAAGGGCUCGAUGUGGUUAAAGCGGUUCUCGAUACCCUCACAGAAGCUGGUUACACCAAUGAAAAUACGAAAACAAAGGUCAUGAUUCAGUCUACGAACAGCUCGGUUCUAGUUGACUUCAAGAAGCAGAGCAAGUACGAGACUGUCUACAAAAUUGAGGAAAUCAUUCGUGAUAUUCGUGACUCUGCCAUCGAAGUCAUAAAGAAAUUCGCUAACGCUGUUGUCAUCAACAAAGCAUCAAUGUACAAACUUGGCAUAUGA